UACGGCCGAUAACGCAGACCAUGGAGUCCAGUUAACACCUAGGGGUCGGAUAAAAUUCGAUCCCCUUGGUCCCGGUCCCCUUCCCUCAUUCACACAGCGAACGGAGAGCAUCGGUAGCAGCCGAUGAGUUGGCCCGCUUAUCAUCUGCGCGCUCUUUCUGCGAAAUUCUUUGGAGGUUCAGUGUCGAGAGGAACGUUGCUCCGAACAGAAGUGUGCCGGAAAGCCACUGCGCCAACCAGCAAAGAGAGCAACAGAGAGAUUAAAGAAAAAACCCCACGCAAACCGGAGCGAUAAUGGUUUGGUGGAGCAAGAAGGGGGAGAAGGAUAACAGCCGGCCCAGCCAGGCGCUGGUGCUUCAGGACCCCCGCACGAGCGUUAGGACCACGAGUGCCUCCACAGAGACGACCAACACAGCAGUGCAGAACUCUACAAUCACCGACAGCAACAAGCAGACCGUCACCUUUAUGUCCACACGCCAGACGGUGACGCACACCCAGCGAGCACUGAUCACGGAGACGACGACGCGCCGCACUCCCAGCCAGGCCGAACUCGAGGCACUGUUCGCGCAGAUGAGGAUGGGCGGGGAGGGCGCAACCGGCACAACGACCACCACCACCACGGUUACCUCGCGCUCCCGACCACCGAGUCUGAAUGGAGUGUCUUUCCGUUCCACACAGCCCUUCAAGGCCACGGCCAGCAGCGCUGGCAAGCGGUCCAGCACCCUGGUCAAGACGGAGCAAACAACAGUUACUAAGAAGAAUGGACUAAACGUCACCCAGCACCUCGAGACGCAUCGCGUGGAUCUCAAAGGAAAGCCCGCCUGGACACCUUUCCCUUCGAACGUCAGCAGUUCGGGCUCGACUUACGUGUCCCCAUACGCCAAGAAGUCGAGUCUGGCCAUUACUAGUUCAUCGCCUAGCCCGAAGGUCGCCGCCGUCUCUAGUCCGCCCAGUAUUUCCAAGCCGACACCCUCUACAUUCGAGAGCUUCUUCAAGACAUCUUCAAAGCCCACAGUAAAGCCGCUAACAUCCACGGCUGUGCCGAGGCCCUACGUAAGCCUCAGCGCCUCCGCGUCCUCCCCUAAGGCUAAGUCUAAUUUCAGUAGCUUGGACGCCCAGGGUUCUCUCAGCUCCAUUGCAGCAUCGAGCUCCAAGACUAGCCUGGCAAAGAGCAAGCUGAAGCCGGCUAGGGUGUACAUAUUUAACAAUGAGCGUUUUGAAACUAAAAAUGAGUUCCGCACGGGAAGUGCCCACGAUGUGAAGGCUCUGCGUUCUACCUUUGAGCGGCUAAAAUGCAAGGUGGAGGUCAUUACCGACGCUACUUUGGCCACCGUAAAGCGCACUGUAAAAACGCUGGAAACGAAGGACUUUGGGGACAAGAGUGCUCUGGUCCUCGUGUUUCUCAGCCAUGGAACGCGCCAUGACAGACUCGCAGCCAAGGAUGAUGACUACUCACUGGACUACGACGUGGUCUUUCCCAUUUUGCGCAAUCGGACGUUGAAGGACAAACCAAAGCUGCUCUUCGUCCAGGCUUGCAAGGGCGCCAAUGAGCUGGGCGGGUUUAUGACUGAUGCUGCCCAACCGAACGGGUCCCCCAACGAAAUCCUUAAGUGCUACAGCACCUACGAGGGCUACGUUUCCUACCGCACGGAGGACGGCACCCCCUUUAUUCAGACGCUGUGUGAGGCUCUUGAUAAGUCGGGUAAAACGUCCGACAUUGAUGCCAUAAUGACGAACGUGCGACGCGUGGUCAAGUCGCAAACCAAGGACGGCCAAAUACCAUCUGUCACCAGCACUCUCACUUCUAAGUACGUCUUUGGAGAUUACAUAUGAUUAUCAUCCUACGUAGUAUUAUUUAUAUUAAAUUCCACAUCCGAGAUUGACAGUAUCCACCUAAGCUACCUAAGUGAUUUUUCUGGGAGCCAUUUACCUUGUGAUUCAUAAAAUAGCUAAAUAGCUAGAUUGAGCGCUAUCCAACAUCGAUUUCUGAUUGGUAAUUGUGGGGUUUUGGUCUUUCGGACAUCAAUUGGGAAACAGACCGGAAAUACAUAUGUAUUUAGUAUCUUAUCAUUUAUUAUGGCUUACCCAAAUGAUUAAGUCUGCGGGGAAUCAUUUUGUGGUGCCCAGACGUGCACAAAGAGACGUGGAUACAGAAUAGGAAUAAUAACAGGAACAAUAAGGAGACAAAAUUAUUAA